GUCACACCCCGCGUAGCGCCGAACACCUAGCAGCGGCGCAGCGUCACGAGCUAACUUCCGUCAUCAAUCUGUGUGAGUACGGCCGGACCGGUGGAGCAGGAUGGGGUCUUGGUUACUGGCAGCAUUCGGGCUGCUCCUGUGUACAGGCUGGUGCUCGGCUUUUUAUCUUCCGGGUCUGGCUCCUGUAAGUUUCUGUGAGGAGGGAAAAGAGAAGGAUAACUGCAAGUCUCUAAUAGAGCUGUUCGUAAACCGCCUGGACUCCGUGGAAUCUGUCUUGCCAUAUGAGUAUGAUGCCUUUGACUUUUGUAAGGAUAAAGAUGAGAAGCAUCCUUCAGAGAAUCUUGGCCAAGUGCUUUUUGGAGAAAGAAUUGCUUCAUCACCAUACAAGUUUAAGUUCAACAAGAAUGAAACCUGUAAGGAAGUUUGCCGAAAGCAAUAUGAAGAUAAUCCAAAAAACAAUUAUCUUGAUUUCAUUAAAAAAGCAAUACAGCUCAAUUAUCAACAUCACUGGAUUAUUGAUAACAUGCCAGUGACUUGGUGUUAUGAUGUGGAGGAUAGCCAGAAAUACUGCAGCCCAGGAUUUCCAAUAGGAUGUACAGUCACUUCAGAUGGGAGAGUGAAAGAUGCCUGUGUUAUCAAUAAUGAAUUUAACAAAAAAGAUACGUUUUACCUUUUCAAUCAUGUUGAUAUUAUAAUCACAUACCACAGUGGGAAAGAAGAAAAUUGGGAUGGGGCUCGAUUGGUUACAGCAAGACUUGAGCCAAAAAGCUAUAAACACACUGGCGACAAGGAAUUAAAAUGUGAAGGUCAUCCCAUGGAAAUCCCCAAAGAACUCACAGGCAAGCUGGAGGUUGUUUACACAUACUCAGUGUUGUUUCAGGAAAACAAUACAAUUAAAUGGGCAUCACGUUGGGAUUAUAUUUUGGAAUCCAUGCCGCACACAAAUAUUCAGUGGUUCAGUAUCAUGAACUCUCUGGUCAUUGUCCUCUUCCUCUCUGGUAUGGUGGCCAUGAUUAUGUUACGAACACUUCAUAAAGAUAUUGCCAGAUACAACCAAAUAGAUUCUUCAGAAGAUGCCCAGGAGGAAUUUGGCUGGAAGUUGGUUCAUGGAGAUAUAUUUAGACCACCAAAGAAGGGAAUGUUGCUGUCUGUCUUUCUGGGCCAAGGAACACAAAUUUUCAUUAUGACGUUUAUUACAUUAUUCCUUGCAUGUCUUGGAUUUCUUUCGCCUGCCAACAGAGGAGCAUUGAUGACCUGUUCUGUUGUGUUGUGGGUCUUGUUGGGAACCCCUGCAGGUUAUGUGUCUGCCCGGAUGUAUAAGACAUUUGGUGGAGAAAGAUGGAAAUCCAACGUGCUACUGACUGCACUCUUGUGUCCUGGGAUUAUUUUUGCAGACUUCUUUAUCAUGAAUGUCAUUUUGUGGGCAAAACACUCUUCAGCAGCAAUUCCAUUCGGGACACUGGUGGCUAUCCUUGCUAUGUGGUUUGGCAUCUCUGUCCCACUAACCUUCCUUGGAGCAUAUUUUGGAUUUAAAGAGAGAGCGAUUGAACAUCCUGUUCGCACAAAUCAAAUCCCUCGUCAGAUUCCUACACAGUCCUUUUUUACCAAACCAUUCCCGGGUAUUAUCAUGGGAGGCAUUUUGCCAUUUGGAUGUAUUUUUAUUCAAUUAUUUUUCAUUCUAAACAGCAUUUGGUCUCAUCAAAUGUACUAUAUGUUCGGUUUCCUGUUUCUGGUAUUCAUAAUACUCCUGAUAACUUGUUCAGAAGCUACUAUCUUGCUUUGUUACUUCCAUCUAUGUGCAGAGGAUUACCAUUGGUGGUGGCGCUCUUUUCUAACGAGCGGAUUUACUGCUGUUUACCUCUUCAUCUACGCCAUUCAUUAUUUCUACUCUAAGCUUCAAAUCACAGGAACUGCCAGCACCAUCUUGUACUUUGGGUACACAACGAUUAUGGUUUUAAUUUUUUUCCUGUUUACAGGCACCAUUGGAUUCUUUGCAUGCUACUGGUUUGUCAGGAAAAUAUACAGCGUGGUAAAAGUGGAUUAAUGAACUCUGCACAGAUACAGUCCCAAUGUAUGAAGAUGCUACCAUUAAAGACUUGGAGUAGCUGCAUAUCGUGAGAUGACGCAAUGUAGAGACUUGCUUAGACGAGCACUUUGGGAAACUGUGUUUACAACAUUCCUUCCUAUCAUCCUCCUUUUUUUAACCACAGUUUGUUGUAAAUACACAAGUGUGGGCCGCAGAAUGUUAUUAGCGGAUUCAUUCAGCGAUGACUGGGUGUGUUUUUUUUUGGAUUUUUUUUCUCUUCCAUGACCGGUAAUAAAAGUCAUGGAUGACCAUGAUGUUGUUUGAGAUCCUGCAAUGCUUUUUAGGGCAAUAUAUAAUUUCUGCUUUGUGCCUUCCAGACGUUAUUGUACGUCCGAGGUUUAUUUGUACAAAGGUUAUCCUCUCCAUACGUAUUGUGAGUUCUAGGGCAAGUUUUUUUUUUUUUUUUUAAUACGAUCUGUUCAUUUUAUUAGUUUUUUUUAAUCCCUUAUAGCAAGUCUGCACUAGCUGCCCAGUGUUUCAAUGUUUGUCUUUUUAUUGUAUCGGUCAGACAGUGUCUCACCUGUAUAUACUGAAAACUCUUUCAAAAAGACCUGGUAAAGAGUGAAGUUCUAAGAGGUUUUCUAAGAAUAGCAAACCAAACAUGUGGCAUGUGUUUUCCAGCCUUUCACCUAUGUCUUGUCUUGUGCAAUAAAAUUACUAAGACCACAAACCUUAACCUUUAAAGUACAUGACUUUU